AAUAGCUGACCGUCUAUUGCGUCAAUAGCUGAAAUAGCUGACCGGUUAAUGAGCAAAAUUGGGAAAAAGGAGGAGUUCUUCAACAUGAGGAGUGCGGCCCUUCGGUGGCCCCUAUUUGCAACAUGGGGUCCUCGACGGCGUCCGCUGGGUUUUUGCCCAAAUUAAUUAUAAGGGGAGGUUGUGAUUCCAGCUGGGAAUAUUCCAGCCUUUCCCUUGUACUAUUUAGGAGAUGAAUUUUUGGAAUGGAAUCUCAUUAGAGAUAAAAAUAGACUAUUGAGCUCAAUUGGAACUUAUAGAAUGCUCUUAAAAGAAAAUAAGAGAAUGGCUAAAAGAGAAAGAAAAUAGUUAAUGUUAUGAAAAAGGAAAAGAUCAACUGUUGAUAAAUAGCUAUUUGAGACGUAAACUUAACAGAUUUAUUUUAAGCAAUUUUAUUUAAGCAAAGAGCUAGUAUGUUUGAUAAAAGAAAAUUAGAUUGUUAGAAAUGUUCUUUAUUCAUGAAUAGAUAUUGUUCAUAAUAUUAUUUGAAAGUAAAUUAUUCUGAAUUCAGGUGAAAAAUGACCAACUUUUAGAUGUAUCGGGCUAAUAAGAACAAAUAGUAUUUACUCCAAGUAAGUAGAGUAAUCUGACGUAUUAAUCGUCAUUAAUGGCCUUUAAUUUUUGAAUUAGUCUUUAUCCCCUGAGGGAAGGGGAAAAUUCAAAUUCAGAAUAAGGUGGAGGAAAUUAUUCGGCUAGAUUCCAGAGAAAUUAUGUUAGUGAGACGUUAUAAAAUUUACAAUGAAGAAGGUGACUUAGAAAUAGAAAAACGUACUCAUUGUUGGCAGAUUUAAAGAGAAAAGGAAUCACACAUAAUGACAUAGUAAAUAGAUUGACUAAAGUAGAUUUUGAAGUACAUGGCAAAAUAUUGUAAGAACUGUCAAAAGACUUCCCAUUAAUUCUUGGGAAUGGUAAUAGAUAUCAAUACAAGUCUUAUAGAUAAAGAGAGGUCCAAAUGCUGAUUAGCGAACUCCUGUUGAGGAGCAGUUUGGUAUAUGUCACAAGAUAAAUAACUACUAACAGCUGGUGGGAAAAAACAGUUUUAGCAGACUUUAGAGCAAUUUUAAACUUGCCACUUUCUGUGUGUGAAUCUGUUCGGGAAUAAAUUAUCAAAUAAAUGAUUGUGCUGACAAAUUAUUUUAAAGGGGACAGUGAAAGUGAUGAUUCAUCUUAGAUACAUUUUUGAGUGUAUGGAAGUGGCGAAUUAAUAAUAUAGAAUCACUGUCAUGAGUUACUCUUAACAUCAUGAAAAUUUGAUUUAGAUUUUUGGGGAAUUGAUAAUGCUAAAUAUUGCUUAAGAUAAUUGGCUCACAUGCUGAUGGAAUUUGGCUAUCUUUGUUCAGCUGUGACCCAAAUGAAAAGGGAUGAAAAGACAAUUCUGAAUUUUGUUGCUACGAAUUUAUAGUGGGAAUAAGUGGCCGAUUUUGUAGUGAUAGGCCAAGGCAAAAUUAAUUGAUAAAUUCCAAAAGACGGAACGGAAGAAGUUGGGGAGCGGAAGCAUAUAUUGACUUUUCGCCAAGUGGAGAUAAUUAUGCUGGGAGAAUUGUAAUUUUAAAACAUUGGGUUAAUUGCAAAGCAUAACAUUAAUAAUAAUAUGGGGUUUUAGACAUGGGUUUUUUACUAUUCGUAACGCUCAUUACAAUUGUAAUUUACAAUGUAUGAUUACAAUCCUCCCAAUAUAAUUCUUUAUUUUGAUUUGGAACUUUGAAUGCAUUACUUUUAUGUUUGAUAUUUUUAUUUUUAGCACUUUUAUUGACCUGACUUUGGUUUCUUUUGUGGUUAUAAUCGGGUAGGAGUUUAUGUAAGUUUAUAUAAACUAAUUUGCUUCUGUGUAUAUAUUGUUUUGGGGAAGAGGUCAAUUUUUCAGGCUGUUAAAUCGGAUAAUCUUAUUUUAAUUUUGCAGCUUGAGAUAAAUUUAAGGACUAAGAACUCUUGAUUAUAAACACACAUUUUAAAUCAUAUGUUUUAUGAAUUUAAUUGAAAGUUAAAAUUGUGGGCGGAGAAAGUAAAAUUCUUGGGGCAUGAUUGGAGCAAGGGUGGCAGGACGAUCCUAAAAGACAGGGAAACUGCCGUGUUGCAAGCCCCAAAACCGCUUACUAAGCGACAAAUGAUGUCCUUUUUGGGCCUCACAAAUUACUGUAGACCAUGGAUUCCUAACUACGCUGAAAUCGCAAACCCCCUUGCUAAAAUCAUGUAUGACCCAGCGUUAUAAAUGUCUUCACCUUUGACAUGGACAACAGAGGCAGAAAAUGCUUUCACUCAAUUUAAACAAACUUUGUUAUCUAGUACCGUUUUGGCUCUGCCUGAUUAUUCUAAACCUUUUGUCCAAAUAUUUGAUUGCAAGGGUGAAUACAGGACCUUAUGUCCGUUUGCGAAUAAACCGCCAAAGGACACUUUCCUUAUUGAUAUGUGACUGUAAUGUACAGUACAGGAACACACUUUAUGGGUCAAUCAUGGAGCGACAUUGCGCGGUGGGUCUAUGUGAGCACGGAGGGGGGGGGUCUCAUGUCUUAACAGUGGGAAUGGUUAGAUUAGAAAUGGUUUUUCAAAUGCAUGGUCUGUGCUCAACCUAGUCCUCACGGCAAUGUUCGCCCUAAACGGCACACACAUUUAAAUGGAUUUUUGUUUCGUUUUUAAUUGGUUUUGUUUGGAAAAUGGGCACGCUGAUAUUUGGGAUACUGUUAUUUUAUGUUAAUCAAAUGGUAAUUGGGCAGAAAUAUUUUAAAGUAAACAACGCAUAACAAUGUCGAGUAUGUAUUAAUGGUAGCAAAAGGCAUUGUGUAAAGACAUCCCUAAGUGUGGCAUACGUGAAACCAUUUAUAGCGAUAAUGGAACGCAUUUUGUAAACACAGUAAUCAAUAAGAUUGGGAAAUUGUUUUGCAUUUCCUUAAAAAAUCACUGUGAAUGGCAUCCUCAAAGCGCGGGUUUGGUUGAAAGAAUGAACGGUACAAUUAAAAAUAGAUUAAAGUUACAUAUUAAUAUUACUAGUACGUCGGGAUUAACACUUUUUGAGAUUCUUUUUGGGAAACUAUAUCAUUUACCUAUUUUCUCCACUAAGUGGGAAAUAGAUGAAGCUAAUUUAGCCGAUUAUAUGCGAAAGACGUUGGAAGUGAGACAGGAUUUGUGUUUGCCACAAGUUGAUUCUGACUCUUCCCAGCAGAAUGACCUGGUGUUCACUGGAGAUUGGGUCUUGAUCCGCAGCAUCAAAAGAAAACACCAAGAGCUCCUCACGGCUCCUACAGCCGUAAAGAUUGCAGAGAGGGAAACCGGGGUUCACCUUGCCCACUGCAAAAAGGUCAUCUCAACCGAGUCCCAAGGUCGAGCAGCUAUCUAACUGAAGUCUGACUGAACGGUGGGGGUGAGCUUAUAGUGCUCAUAAAUACUGCAGGUCAGUGAAGAGAGGUAUUAAGCAUCAGAGGUAUUAAGCAAAUCCAGGGCGCUCUUCCUGUUUAGGGGAACUCGGUCGACAUGACACUGCCGAGGAUGGACUGACCCAAGAGGAGAUCCUUUUCAUCUCCUAAUCGUCUGUGUAUCCUCCUUAUUGGGAGACCCGGUGGAGGCCAGGCCCGUGAGUAAAAAUAUAAAGACUAUGCCGUCUGGGUUGAUAGUAAAGGCAACGAAUAAAGUUACUGUCGAUGAUAGAAUGGUAGCGGUUACUGGGGUUACUCAACAAGCUAAUAACUGGCUUUUGUUAGCGGAAGCGGCUGGAGGAAUGGUUAAUACUAGCUGUGUUGUAUGUAUGUUGCGCGUAGUGCCAGCUCUCCUUCCGCCACAUUGCCUUCUGGAAGUUAUGACUAGAACCAUAUUGAGUAAGGCUUGCAAGAAAUGGGAUGGGGUAUAUCCACUAACCAAAGCUGCGAAGGAAAAGCCUAUAUUCUCCGACAAAGUUGCAAUGGCUAACUUUUCCUGUAUUGAACUUUCAGGGUCAUUGAGGAGAGUGGGGAAUCUAGAUCCCUCAUGGUGUAAGACGACCGUGUAUCAAACGAGUCCCUUAGUGCCGCGUAGUGACGUAUGGUGGUGGUGCGGUGGCAGCAAACUCUACGACACCCUAAGGAACUCAGUGGGGGUAUGUGCACUUGUGUCAUUACUCUUAUCAGUGUAUAUUUAUCCUGUUUCGGCUACAGAUAUCCUGGACGCAACAUCAAAGUUUGACCCCUCUAAGUUGCGUGUUAAUAAACGUAGUGCCCAGUGGGCAGUUGAACCAACUUACAUAGAUGCGAUCGGAGUUCCCCGUGGCGUGCCAAGUGAGUAUAGGUUGACUAACCCAAUUGCCUCGGGUUUUGAAUCUGUACUCCCUUGGAUCACUGUUAAUAAGAAUGUUGAGAGGAUCAACUACAUCCAUUUUAAUCUCCAGAGACUUAAUAACAAUUCAGAGAUUGCCUUUACAGCCUUAAAACACCAGCUGGAUGCCACCUCUCUCAUGGCGUUCCAAACCAGGGUGGCCGUGGACAUGUUGCUAGCCGAAAAAGGCGGCGUUUGUGGUCACAUCGACAUUUGUUCCAAACGCUACCUCCUCUAAUGAGGAGAACUUCCACAAGGCCCUCAGAGCAAUCAGCUCCCCUGGUAGAACGAUGUAGGGUCACUCUGGGGAGUGGACCCCCGAUGUGUCCAGUUGGUGGGAAGCAACGUUCGGUAAGUAUAGGUCAAGGCUGUAUACUAUCCUGGUCUCUGCGACAGUGUUCCCGAUGGCUCUGGGAUUAUGUGGUUGUUGUUGCAUUCCCUGCAUUCGUGUUGUACUUCACCGGUUUGUUUCCGCGACUAUAGAUCCUCGUUUACAGGAAUUAUACCCCUUUUGGCCCUGGGAGAGGAGUAUGACACAGGUGCCCAUACGGAGUUUGUAGUUUGCGAAGUGGCUCUCGAUGGUGACGAUCUCCCUGACGACGGCGAUGACAAUGAUGGGUUCACCAUUCCGGAAACUUUCUUUCAGACCCCGCCACCGCCUCCAACUCCGGGUGGCGACAAUAUGCGUCGACAUGUCUAAUGAUUCGAUUGAAUAAAGCCUUUUUUAGGAGGUUCUUUUAAUGAUGUUUUUGUCGCAAAUAUUGAAUAAACAGGCGGGAAAUGUUGAGAUAAUUAUCGGGGUUUGAUUUAUUAAAUGUUUGCCUGAUUGGUUGAUUGAAUAUUUGCUUAUGCUCAUAUAUACCAUAAAUAAUACAUACUGCCAUAUUCUUCUUACUUCUAAUUACUUUAUCUAAUUACUAAUUACUUUAAAUAAUAUAUUGCAUAUUAUUCAUAUAUAACCAGUAAAUGAUUAUUGCUUGCUAUACCAGAUUGUAGUAUAAUGCUUAAGUGUUACAAAGUGUAGAAAGAGGGUCGGAGUGGCUUCAUGGCCACGCCGUUGUAUAACUAGACCUUCCAGGCAUCCUAGCACCUGGGGUUUUGGACUUUCGCCUAGCCCCUCGAGGACGAUUCUCCAUCCGAGGACAUC